AUGACCUAUCCUCUCGUCGCCCUCGGAAACCCCCUCUUGGAUAUCCAAGUCAAUGUUGACAAGGCUUACCUUGACAAGUACGACCUCAAGGAGAACGAUGCUAUCCUUGUUGAAGACAAGCACAUGCCCAUCUUUGCUGAGGCUUCGGCCAAGCCUGGUGUCAAGUUCAUUGCUGGUGGUGCUGCCCAGAACGCUGCCCGUGGUGCCCAGUACGUUCUUCCUCCUAACUCCGUUGUCUACUUUGGUUCUGUUGGCAAGGAUGAGUACUCUGAGCAACUCCUCAAGGCCAAUGAGGUUGCUGGCGUCAAGUCUGCUUACCUUGUCCACGAUGACAUCCCCACCGGCAAGUGCGCUGCUUUAAUUAACGGUGAGAACCACCGUUCUCUCGUCACUGACCUUGCUGCUGCCAACCACUACAAGCUUGAGCACCUUAAGGCUCCUGAGAACUGGGCUCUUGUUGAGGGUGCUAAGUACUACUACGUCGGUGGCUUCCACUUGACUGUCUGCCCCCCUGCCAUCAAUGCUAUUGGUGAACAUGCUUCCCAGCACACUGACAAGACUUUUGUCAUCAAUCUUUCUGCUCCUUUCCUCUGCCAAUUCUUCCAGGAGCCCAUGGACUCUUCAAGCCCCUACUGGGAUGUUCUCAUUGGUAAUGAGAGCGAGGCUGCUGCCUGGGCUGAGGCUCACGGUUUGGCCGACAAGAAGGAUGAUGUCAAGGCCAUUGCUGCUGCCAUUGCUGUCCUCCCCAAGGCUAACGCCGAGAAGCCCCGUGUUGUCAUCAUCACUCAGGGUACUGAUCCCACUGUCGUUGCCAAGGCUUCCAAGGCUACUACUGGCUUUGGUGCUGACGCCGAUGCCUCCAAGGUUGAUAUCACCGAGUUCCCUGUCCGCAAGAUUGCUGCUAGCGAAAUUGUUGACACCAAUGGUGCCGGUGAUGCUUUUGCUGGUGGUUUCCUCGGUGCUCUUGUUGAGGGCAAGUCCAUUGAGGAGGCUGUUGAUGUUGGCCAAUGGCUUGCUUCUGUUUCCCUUAAGGAAGUUGGCCCCUCUUUCCCCUACAGCCCCAAGGUUUCUUACACCAAGGCCUAA